GCUACAGGAGCUCACCCCGCCACACAACCAGACCCAGGUGACACAAGGAUGAAACGCUCUUGCAUCAUGACAGGCAAGGCUGUGGCUGCUGUCCUGACUCUUCUCCUGAUCUCAGCAGUUGGAACAGAAGGUAAGGCCCUGCCACGCUCAGCGAUUGAGCUCCGGUGCCAGUGUGUAAGCACCCAUUCCAAGUUCAUCCAUCCCAAGUUCAUUAAGAACGUGAACCUCACCCCCAGUGGACCUCACUGCAAGAACGUCGAAGUCAUAGCUACCCUGACAGACGGCAGAGAAGUGUGCCUGGAGCCAACUGCUCCCUGGGUGAAGCUGAUCAUCAAGGCAAUUCUGGACAAGGCAAACACCAAACCUGAAACAGUGUCCUAA